AUGAAAGAACAAACACAAGAAAAAUAUAUGAGAGAAAAAAUUAUAUUUCCACUAUUUCAGAACAAUAUACAAAAAACUCUCCCCUGUUUACAAGGCUAAAUUCCCGACACUCAUAAACAGAUCUUUCCACAUCUUAUGCCCAAAUGUAUUUUUCCGAGUAACUAAAACCAGUUACUCCCUACACUCACCCACACUCACCAAGACCCCUUGAAUUUUCCCGGUGGUAUUCUUGUGUAGAAUUCCUCCCAUUUUCUCUCUCUACCUUGGUGGUGUGUAAAACCCACACACACAAAUACACCGUAGCCUCUCCAUUUUAAAGGGCAAGGAGAACACAACUAUUUGCCCCAAUCAAUUUGAUACAGGAGAGAACAUAAUCACAUGCAUACUUCCACCUUUUUAACUCCACUCAUGGAGUACUUUUGCUUUCCCUUUCUCAGGAUCCUUUAUUUUUCUUUUUGAUUUUUCUUUUCUUUCUUUUUUUUUCUUUUCUUUUUCUUUUGAUUAAUUAAUCAAAUUUCCCAACAAACUCCACCUUGAUUAAAUAAUAAAAAAAAAAGCUUUGUAGCUCCACCUCACUUCUCCAGUGAGAUCACCGCUACUCCGAAAAAAAUCCUUGGCGCCAUCUCAGUGUGCUCCACCGAGAUCACCGCUGCCAACCUCAAAGAAAAUCCUCAUGGCUCCACCUUGGUCCAACCACCAAGGUCACUACCACUAUAAAAAAAUUCAUGAAUCUAUCUUGCUCAAGUCCACAAGAUCUCCACAACCAUGUGUUGCCUUCGUGGCUCCACCUUGCUCAAUACCACAAGAUCCCCCACCACUUCCAGUUACCGUUGAAACCGUGACUCCACCACAACCAACCCCGUCAAGAUCUUUGUCACUGCCUUAGCUCUUUAGAGUUUUAACCCUCCACCCCGAGCUAAAAAAAUAAAAACUCACCUUUGUUAACACUUUCUGAGACCACCCCUCUAGCAAUUAGCUUCUUUUGAUCUGCCCAUCUUGCACCGCCACAGCAACACCUGCGGAACACACCGCCCGACCUCUUCUUACCGGGAAGACUUUCGAUACAAGACUUAAACCGCAGUUUUCUACUCUGCUAGACCACCGAUCUCCUCUAGUUCUGUUCCCGCACCAUACUUCUCAAAGCCAGCAUGCCGCUUCGUACCCGGUCCUCAUGCCAUCCACUUUGUUCUUGAAGUCCCAUGGUCGCCCUCUGGCCAAAACGAACAAGUCCCUGGUUCUCAAAAUUUCUCCUUUUACCGCUUACAAAUCCCUCUUGCCCAGCGCAACCAAGCUCUGAUACCAAUUGUUGGGAUUUUAAGCGCGUAAGAUACCAAAAAAAUAUUGAGAAUGCCAGAAAAAUGAAAGAACAAACACAAGAAAAAUAUAUGAGAGAAAAAAAUUAUAUUUCCACUAUUUCAGGACAAUAUACAAAAAACUCUCCCCUGUUUACGAGGCUAAAUUCCCGACACUCAUAAACAGAUCUUUCCACAUCCUAUGCCCAGAUGUAUUUUUCCGAGUAACUAAAACCAGUUACUCCCUACACUCACCAAGACCCCUUGGAUUUUCCCGGUGGUAUUCUUGUGUAGAAUUCCUCCCAUUUUCUCUCUCUACCUUGGUGGUGUGUAAAACCCACACACACAAAUACACCGUAGCCUCUCCAUUUUAAAGGGAAAGGAGAACACAAUUAUUUGCCCCAAUCAAUUUGCUACAGGAGAGAACAUAAUCACAUGCAUACUUCCACCUUUUUAACUCCACUCAUGGAGUACUUUUGCUUUCCCUUUGUCAGGAUCCUUUAUUUUUCUUUU